AUGAAUUUGUUGUGGGAUCAACGUGUUAGAAUCCUCGACGCCGUCGAUGGCGUCGAGAUUUGCGGCCAACGACUAUUUGGCGAGAUUCGGAGGGUGCAAGCCGACAUUGCGCCGUUGACGAUGAAUGAUGUGGUGCUCAUUCAGUGUCCGAAACGCGUCGACACUGUCAUAGCGAUGAUCGCAUGUCUUGGUGUCGACAAAACGUUCAAAUUGGCGUCGGAAGCGAAUGACACAGAGCUUAAUCAACAUGAAGCGACGUUUCACUACGAUGGAACCCGAUUGAAACGCUUGCGUCCCACCGCGACGACGCCGAUUCUCCCGCACGUUUCAUAUGUAAUAACCACCAGUGGCACAACUGGUAAUAAGAAGCAAGUCGGUGUGCCGCUGAGCUGCAUUUCAAGUAAUAUUGAAUUUUUCCAAACGACAUUGGAUUUAAACGCGAACGAUGUGAUCCUUCAAUCGACAAAUUUCGAGUUCGAUCCGUGUAUUAUCGAGAUUCUGAUGGCGUUUCGAUACGGCUGCAAAUUGAUCGUGUGCACUGAAGACUAUUUGCCGUAUCCGCAUUUAUUAACGAAAACAAUCAGCAGAAAUAACGUCACUUUUUUACAACUAACCCCCGAAGUAUUUCUAAUGAUGGACAUUGCGCGAUUUUUGCUCUCGGAGAAAUCGACGCUCAGAUUUUUGCUGCUCGGCGGCUCGAAAUUCCCGUUGCGCACCAUCAACGAGUUGCGCGCCAUCGGCAACACGACGCGCAUUUUCGACGUGUACGGCGUCACCGAAGUCUCGUGUUGGGCGACGAUUGCCGAAAUCGAACACGGACAGCCGACGGUUCGUCUUGGAACACCAGUGCCAGGAACCGAGCUCCAUUUCACCGACGACAUGGAAUUAGUGCUUAAAGGAAAACGACAGUGUGUUGUGGACGGUGUGCUAACGGACCCAAAUGUUGGCCAUCCGACGGGCGACAUUUUCCGAACAGUCGAAGGAGGCUAUGAAUACGUUGGUCGACGAGACUCGAUGGUGAAAUUCCGCGGUAUGCGACUUGAUUUGAUCGAACUCGAGGAAAGUGUCAACGCGAUUCUCGCGGCGUCGUUUGUGGCGGUCAAUGAAAACGAUCGGAGUCCCACCGCGAACGUUUUCCUCUACCGCGAACAAUACCUGGUUGUGGUGAUUAGCGGUGGGAAUAAAAAAGCGAAUGAUUAUUUGAAGGAUCUCAAAACGCUAUUUUCCGAGCGACGAUUGCCGUUCCGAAUUUAUCACACCCAAACGCUUCCGGUCACCGUCAACGGAAAACUCGAUGUUGUGUCACUGACGAGCAGUCUCGAUCGCGGAAUUCAAGGCAAAAACGAUUUCGUCGAGGCGCUCGAGCGGUUGUGCAGUUACAAAUUCGAAGACGUUCUAGAAAUGUCGUUUGUUGACCUAGGAUUUGAUUCGUUCAAGGCAGCACUUCUUGCGACGUACUUUCCGAUUGGCACGUUUCACAAAGUUGUUACAAUGAUUCUCAGCCGUCAUACCAUCAUAAGAGAUUUUUGGACGUAUUGGAGAUCGGAUUUUUUGGAUUCAAGCAAACUCGUCAACCCUUGUUCAUACGACGCCAAAAAUUACGUAGUCCGCAUACGGCGUCAGCCUCGUCAAUUAUGGGCAUGCAACAUGGUGAUGUGUGUCGACGGCGAUCCGGUACUGAUCUCCUAUGAUUCGGAGAUGUACGUCGGCGCCGCGUCGCAUUCCGGCGAAAUCAAAAUCGUCCACCAUUUGUCGGGAAUCGUGCUGUGCAAACUGAAUGUGAUCACGAGAAUCGAGGGAACGGUGGUGCAAAUCGGAGAUCGAAUCCUGUUCGGCGGACAUGACAGAUGCCUGUUUUCGCUCGAAAUCAGGAAGAAGAAGUUCCGGUUGACGUGGAAGAAGAUUGUGAAAAACGUAGUUCGUGCUGGCGUCACCUAUUCCGGAAAGAACUACGUGUACGUGGCCACCGACAACGGCACUUUGUGCCAGAUUGAGAUUGAGACGGGCGAGUUUUUGUGGGAGAAGACGGUGCUUGGUGGCUCGCGAGCGAAGCCGACGACGUUCACUCGAAAUGAUCGCGAGUAUGUGAUGAUGACGACGCUCCAUGGAAUGCUGUAUUGCUUCAAGUCUGAUGGGACACUUGUCUUUCGCGUCAUCGUCAAUGGACCCAUAUUUCAUCCGGCAAUACCUAUUGACGAUUUUUGUGUGAUUUGCAGCUCGACGGGAGUUGUUCAAAUUGUAAUAAUCGAUCCAUUUUUGCCUCAAAGUAUCUCUCGCGUUCGGUGUCAAAAUCGCGUUGAUCGAUCCCUUCUUGCCGGCGGAUUAGUUUUGGAUGGACUGGUCUAUGUUCCGACGGCCGAAGGAACUGUACUCGAAAUGGAGCUCGACGGGCUCGAAGUGCGCAGAGAGUUCAUUUUCAACCUUCCAGCUGUGAGAUUCAAUAAAAUCCCAUUGGUCAUCAAUGGCCGAACAUUAUUGUUGUUGUCGAAUACCGGGUAUUUGUUGCGGGUGAAUCUCGACUCGACGUCGUCGACGUGCGAUGCGAUUCACGUCGGCGGCUGGGAAUGCUUCUCGUCGCCGGUGCUGUUUCGCAAUCGGUACCUCUACGUGACGGGACGCGACAAUUUGUUGCGCUGUUGGGAAUACCCACAUUAA